AUGAAAUUGAGAAGUAUUAUUAAAUAAAGGAAUUUUAGGAUUUAGUUAGUAGAAAUUAUUUUUAUAAAAACAAAUAUCCUAAAGAGAAAAAAAUUUACUAAGUUGAUCAUCAGUUAUUAAUUUGGAUUUAGCUUGGAUUAAAACUUUGGUAAUAAGAGUGUCUCUUAGGUUCCAUAAUAUCAAUAGAGAGCAUAAACACUAUUUAGAAUGACGGAACUAAUAAUAUUUAGAAUAUAAUUUAUUGGGGAAACAGAAGGUAUCAACAAAAGAACAGAUUUAAGUUAGUAAUAAAAAACUCACUUGUUUGAAACUUCAUUUUCUAUGACUUUAGGAUGA